AUGCCGUCUGCGAGUACGGUUCCGCGCCGUCGGCGACGUUCAGAAGAGGAAGACGAGGAUGAGGAAACAUCGACAGCCUCGUCGAGAGACCCCACGCCCGUGUCACCGGUCUCGAACAAUAGCAAGCGACCCCGGUUAAGCAACGCCUUUGAAGAAAGGAAUGGCCGUACAAACGAUGCGUCUAGCAGUGAUGAAGACGAAGAGGAAGAUACCCCCGAACAUACACAAACGCACCUCGAACUUGGAAUGUCCUCCAACUCGCAAACAAGGCCGUCAGCUAGUGGUCAACAGGAGGAGGAGGAGGAAGGAUACAAACCUGGAGCUAUUGUGCGCAUCAAAGUCAUUGAUUUUGUGACCUAUACAUCUGCGGAGUUCUUUCCUGGGCCGAAACUCAACAUGGUGAUCGGUCCAAAUGGGACAGGGAAAAGUACUCUAGUCUGUGCGAUAUGCCUGGGCUUGGGAUGGGGACCUCAGCAUCUAGGGCGCGCGAAAGAUCCGGGCGAAUUUGUCAAACACGGUUGCAGAGAAGCCACCAUCGAGAUCGAACUUGCGAAAGGGCCACAACUCCGCAGGAACCCGAUUGUAUGCCGGACAAUCAAACGUGAAGGCAACAAAAGCUCAUUUACUAUCAAUGGGAAGCAGGCUUCCCGAUCUCAAGUUCUGAAACUUGCUCAAUCCUUCGCCAUCCAGAUUGACAAUCUGUGUCAGUUCUUGCCGCAGGACAAAGUGAGCGAGUUUGCUGCUUUGACUCCUAUAGAAUUGCUGAAUUCAACGCAAAGGGCGGCAGCCGGUCCAGAGAUGAUUGAAUGGCAUGAUAGCCUAAAAAAGCUCAGGGCUGAGCAGAAGAAGUUACAGAUGGAUAAUCAAAGCGAUAAAGAUUUGCUAUCGAACCUCGAGAAUAGACAAGAGAUGCAACGCGGCGAUGUUGAAAGAAUGCGACAGCGGGCUCAGAUCAAACGGAAGAUUGAAAUGUUAGAAGCUGUCCGCCCCAUCACCCGAUACACAGAUGGUCUUGCGGCUUACAAGGAGAAGCAAAAAGAAAGACAGCGGCUCGAGCGAGAGUACGAGGAUCUCAAGGCUGAAUUAGAGCCUGCAUUAAGAGCGGUUAAUGCGAAGCAGGACUAUUGCUCUCGGCUUAAUGAAGUGGUCAAGCACAAAGAGCGCUCCAUCGAGCAAGCUGAUCGAGCUGCCGUCGAAAUUGUGAAGAAGAUUGAACAGUUCGAUGACGCCAUGAAGGAUCUCAACGGUCAAAUUGAGGCUGAAAAGAAGACGGGUCAGAAUUACAGGCAAGAAGCGACCAAAAUUCAGCAGGCAAUCAAUAGGCUUAAUCGCGAGCUGAAUGAGGAACCAGCCGAGUUUGAUAUCAACUCGUACAACGAGAAAAUAAGAGAAAAGCGGCUGGCGAUCCGAGAGCUUGAAAGCCAGGCAGCCGAGAUCCAAUCGAAACGACGUCCCCUUGUUCAAGCACUUAAAACGAAGACUGGGCAGCUUGACCAAGCGGAGCGCCAGCUACGUGGUCUUGCCUCCCAAUCUGGGCAGCAGGAGGCAAAACUCCAAAAACUUUCCCAACAUUCAUACCAGGCUUAUAAAUGGUUGCAAGAUAACCAGGACAAGUUUGAGAAGGAGGUUUUCGGCCCCCCAGUCGUCACAUGUUUGGUCAAAGACCCCAAGUACGCCGACGCGAUUGAAUCAUUGUUACAGCGUACAGAUUUUAUCGCUUUCACGACUCAAAGUCGGAAUGACUUUCGAACUUUGCAAAAGGCUUUGAACAUUGAUAUGAAACUUCACGACAUCAGUAUCAGGACUUCCACAAUUCCCUUGGACAACUUUCGGCCUCCUGUCUCAGAUGGAGAACUUAUGGACUUGGGCUUCAAUGGAUGGGCCAAGGAUUACCUCAGUGGACCAGAGCCCGUGCUUGCUGUCCUAUGCAGCGAAAACCGACUGCAUCAAACACCCGUCAAGCUGCAAGAUAUUUCGGACGAGACAUUUAACAGGAUGGAAAGCAGCCCAAUCAGCUCGUGGGUAGCUGGAAGGCAGUCAUAUCAAAUCGUCCGUCGUCGAGAGUAUGGGCCCAGCGCAAUUUCUACUCGUGUGAGACAAGUUCGACCGGCGCAAGUUUGGACAUCUCAGCCGGUAGAUGUCCUGGGACAACAAGAGCUAGAGCAGAAUAUUUCGUCGCUGAAGGAUGAGGUAAAGCAGUUAAAUGAUACAAUAGACUCUGAACGGAACAGGCUCGCAAGGAUGGGCCAGGAAAAGAAGGACUAUGAUCAUGAAAGGACUCUGCUUGAAAAAGAGAAAGCGGACAGGCAGACAGCCUUGGUUAACUACAGGGCUAUUCCAGAAAGGAUUCGGCAGCAAGAAGCCAAGAAAAAAGAUAUCGAGAGACUCUUUGGAGAGAUUAGGACAAGAGUCUUUGAGAUCCGUGGCCGACAAGACUUAAUCUCUAUUCGCAAGGCUGAGACUAACCUGGAAUAUGCGGAUGCGGUUGAAACCCUACGCAAAUUACAGGAAGAGUAUAUUCAGCUGAGGGUACGGUACAUCGAGGGUCUUUCAGACUUUGAAACGAUGCAAGGGCGCAAUCAGCAUCACAAGGAAAGGCUCAACGAGAAACUAUCCGAAGUCAAAGCAGCAAAGCAAGACUCUAAAGCUCGGUCCCAAGUUCUGAAGAAGUUUGCCGAAGAAGCAAAUAAAGUUGUGCAACUUUCCAAUGAGCAGCCGGAUCUGUUUGCAUUGAUCCCCAGCCUGGCGCAGCACAACAUGGAGCAGCUUGAGGCAGAUAUCGAUUCCGAAAAGGCCCACCUGGAACUUGUGCAAGGCGGCAACGCCAAUGUGAUCAAGGAGUAUGAGGACCGUGAAAAACAGAUUGAAAAACUUCGAAGUAAAGUCUCCGAUUUUGAAAAUAAACUUUCCGACUAUGACCAUGCCAUCAACGAAAUCCGAGGGAAGUGGGAACCGAAACUUGAGGAACUCGUGAAGAGCAUCAGUGAUGCGUUCUCCGAUUCCUUUGCUCGUAUUGGAUGUGCUGGUCAGGUUGGUUUGGACAAGGCAGAGGACGAAGAUGGCGCUAGCAAUUUCGAUCAAUGGUCGGUCCAGAUCCAGGUGAAAUUCCGAGAGAAUGAGAAUCUAUCCCUGCUCGAUUCUCAUCGCCAGUCCGGCGGAGAAAGAGCUGUGAGCACGAUUUUCUACUUGAUGGCACUGCAGUCCUUGUCAGCGUCACCAUUCCGCGUUGUCGACGAGAUCAACCAAGGUAUGGAUCCAAGAAACGAGCGGAUGGUUCACGGUCGCCUCGUGGAUAUUGCCUGCGCUCCGGCCCAGAAUGGAGGCGGCGGUCAGUACUUCCUGAUCACACCGAAGCUUCUCAGCGGACUCGUCUAUAAGCCGGGUAUGAGGGUCCUCUGCAUCUACAGUGGUGAACACAUGCCCCAGGAUUACAAUCUGCUUGAUUUUGGCGAAGCGAUCAAGCGGAAGAGAGACGUCGAAGCCAAGACAAAAGGUAAGGGAAGAGCAAUUGGGAGCGCAGUUCCUAGGAGCAACGGAGAUGUUGAUGUCUAUGCCUGA